AUGCACUGUUUUCUCACUCUUCGAGUGCUACUUGCCUUUCUUGUCACACUGGGUGCUGCCCAGGUGUUGUAUGAGCUGGAUGACAGUGCUCAACUGCUCGGAGGUUAUGCCAAGCAGAAUGUGGCCCAUCCUGCCAUCUCACAUACAUCUCUGUCGAUGAACGAACCCCUCCCGACCCCUGCCUCAACACCCUCGCUAGAGAAGAGAAAUGCGACAACCUCGAACCAUAUCGAAAACGCCGGCUCUGUUGCCCCUGGUGCCACGGCCUCCAUCACAGCCGAUACAAGCAAGGGCACCUGCCAGAUGAGCAAUGAUUUGGACGACAAUCAGCAAGCCAGCUGGACCGAGACGGUCGUUAGCACUUGUUGCACGUCAGAGGCCUACUCAGAAUGCUGGUUCCGUAUUCAAGCCAAGACGGACACGAAGUAUGCCUGUGUCAUUCCCCGCUGUGACGCACUUCUCAGCAACGAGCCUGAUAAAAUGGCUGGAUUCAGGCCAUUAUCGGGCUCCAUUGGCGAAGGCAAAUACCAAAACAUGUUCCCUAUUCUCAUUUUGAGCGCCGCCGUUCGCCCUGCUAUCCCCUUCUUGCUCUUCCUCGUGGCACCGCUGUGUAUUUCUUUCAUUCUUUUGCUGUAA